UUAUAGUAGUUAGUAGAACAUGAUAACAUAAUCCGUAUUCCCCCUUUCGAAUUUUGGUCUAUUCCUUGAUUCUCUUUGUAUGUGAACCUUUUCGCUCUUAACACCUACUGUAUUCUUAUAAAAUUCGGAGGAAUUUAGGGUUCGGAUAAGAUAGAAUCAUCACCCGUAUUUUGAGUUUAGAGAUUGGUGGUGAAAUCUUGCUCUUCCAAGUUUGAACUUUUUUUUUCCUUUCAUGUUGGAUCCUUUGAUUGGACAGUUUAUAAAGAUUUGAUAGAAGUUUUUUCCUUUUUAUUGUUCUCCAAUAUUUUAGUUUAGUUUAUGUAUAUAUUCUUCUCAAACCAGCUGUUAUAAGUGGAACCCUGUUCAUAUUUAUACAUAUACUGUUUGGGAACUUAACUUUUUCUCUUUGAGUUACUUCUGUGGAUGAGUUUUAUCCAUCUAAUUGGAUUUGGCUUAAAAGUGGGACACCUUCUUCUGAUGCUAUGUUGCUCGUUUCUAUCAGUGAUCUCCGUGAAUCGUUUCACUAAUUGUAUAGAGAUGAAGCCUAAAAGUGGUGUGAAGAUUUGGAUGAAAUUUCUUGAGAUCUUUUCAGGGAACGCUUGCAAGAUCCAUCAUCACUACUAUCAAUAUAUUGGUUCAAGGGAAGUUAGAAAAGCAUGGUCGAGGAAGCUCUUGAUCUUAUGGUUUGUAUUUGGUACAAUUCUUUCUUUGUGGUUCUUUUGGUAUCUGAGAUCUCAAGCUAUGGAAAAGAGGAAAGAAACAUUAGCGAAUAUGUGCGAUGAAAGAGCUAGAAUGCUUCAAGAUCAGUUCAAUGUCAGCAUGAAUCAUGUUCAAGCUUCGAUUUUGAUCUCAACUUUUCACCAUGGUAAAAACCCUUCAGCAAUUGAUCAGGAUACGUUUGCAAGGUACACGGAAAGAACUGCUUUUGAGAGGCCACUUACAAGUGGGGUGGCGUAUGCAGUAAGAGUACUUCAUUCAGAAAGAGAAGAAUUUGAGAAGCAACACGGAUGGAGCAUAAAAAAGAUGACCCCAGUUAAUAAAGACGAGUAUAACCCUGAAGAAUUGGAGCCAUCACCCAUUCAACAAGAAUAUGCCCCUGUUAUCUUUGCACAAGAUACUGUUGCUCAUGUCAUUUCUCUUGAUAUGAUGUCUGGCAAGGAAGAUCGUGAAAACGUAUUGCGUGCAAGGGCAUUAGGAAAAGGUGUCCUGACAGCCCCUUUGGAUCUUAUAAAGUCAAACCGUCUUGGAGUUAUAUUGACUUUUGCGGUUUAUAAACGCGAUCUUCCCUCCAACGCGACACCAGAGGAAAGAAUCGAAGCAACUGAUGGGUAUCUUGGUGGAGUUUUUGAUAUUGAAUCGUUGGUGGAGAAGUUACUUCAACAACUUGCAAGCAAGCAAACGAUUUAUGUGAAUGUUUUUGAUACGACUAAUAUAUCAAAUCCUAUUAGUAUGUAUGGUACCAAUGUUUUAGACACUGGUUUGCAACAUGUUAGCCCUCUCAACUUUGGUGACCCCUCAAGAAAGCAUGAGAUGCGUUGCAGAUUCAAACAAAAACCACCAUGGCAAAUCUUGGCAAUAUCAACUGCUUUUGGAAUCAUUGUGAUCACAUUACUUGUUGGACAUAUCUUUCAUGCAACUGUAAAUAGAAUAGCCAAAGUUGAAGAUGAUUAUCACGAGAUGUCAGAGCUCAAAAUACGCGCUGAGGCUGCUGACGUGGCAAAAUCACAGUUUCUCGCUACUGUUUCCCACGAGAUUAGAACUCCAAUGAACGGUGUUCUUGGGAUGUUGGAUAUGCUGAUGGACACUGUUCUUGAUGUAACACAACAAGAUUAUGUUAGAACAGCUCAAGCAAGUGGAAAAGCUCUUGUUUCACUCAUAAAUGCAGUUCUUGAUCAAGCCAAAAUUGAAUCUGGCAAGUCUCAAGAAAAGGGAAUCGAGUUGGCGGUUUACAUAUCCGAGAAGGUUCCGGAAACUUUGAUCGGUGAUCCAGGGCGAUUUCGUCAAAUCAUCACAAAUCUCAUGGGGAAUUCUAUUAAGUUCACGGAGAAAGGGCACAUCUUUGUAACGGUGCAUCUUGUUGAAGAAGUAAUGGAGUCGAUAGGAGUAGAAACGGAACCAUCAAAAAAAGACACAUUGAGUGGACUGCCUGUAGCCGAUAGAAACCGAAGCUGGGAGGGGUUCAGACCUGCAAUGGGAAUAUCCGAUUCCAUUACUUUGAUCGUAUCAGUCGAGGACACCGGCAUCGGAAUCCCAACCGAAGCCCAACCUCGGAUCUUUACUCCAUUUAUGCAAGUGGGCCCCUCCAUUUCCCGUAUACAUGGAGGAACCGGAAUCGGGUUAAGCAUCAGCAAGUGUUUAGUCAACUUAAUGAACGGUGAGAUCGGGUUCCAUAGCAUCCCCAAGAUCGGGUCUACUUUCACCUUCACCGCUGUUUUCGGGUUCGAUAGCAUCCCAAAAGUCAACGGCCAGUCAAAAUCAGAGUUUCGUGGCAUGAAAGCAAUCAUUGUCGACCCGAGACACGUACGGGCCGAGGUAUCAAGAUAUCACAUCCAACGGUUAGGAAUGAAAGUAGAAAUCAUCCCGAGUUUGAUCAACAACUCGGUGUCCACAAACGCAAGUAAAGUCAUUUUUUUAAUCGAAGAGGAUGUUUUGGAUCAAGAUUCAAGAACAACAACUGUAAACCACAAGAUUCCGGCGAAGAUGUUUCUGUUAACGAAUUCAAUCGGUGGGUCCUGGAAAACCGGGCUCCCGGUGAUCACGAAGCCGUUGAGGGUGAGCAUGUUGGCGGCGGCGUUACAGCGGGCGAUGGGCGGCGGAAGCAGUGUGAGAAACGGGGAGGUCCCGAAGGUGUCUUUGUCAAAGUUGUUGGUUGGCCGGAAAAUAUUGGUGGUGGAUGAUAAUAAUGUCAACCUUCGGGUGGCGGCAGGGGCGUUGAAGAAGUAUGGGGCGGAGGUGGUGUGUGCUGAUAGCGGGAGGAAGGCUAUCUCGCUGCUAGAACCGCCUCAUUCCUUUGAUGCUUGUUUCAUGGAUAUUCAAAUGCCGGAAAUGGAUGGGUUUGAAGCAACAAGAAUGAUUCGGGAGGUGGAAUACAGCAUUAAUAAUCGUAUGCAAAACGGGAAUAUAUCCAAGUGGCAUGUCCCGAUUUUGGCUAUGACUGCUGAUGUGAUUCAAGCUACACAUGAACAAUGCAUUAACUCUGGAAUGGAUGGCUAUGUUUCUAAGCCAUUUGAAGCCAAUCAACUUUAUCAAGAAGUGUUUUGGAAACGGGGUUCAAAUUCUUCACGAAGGAAACUAGAUGUGGUGACGAUAUAGUGUGUACAUAUGGAAGUCAUUUAUUGGUGGAGAUUUGUAUGUUUUGUAGAGCAAGUUAGAUACAGAAACCAAUUCAUUUUCCUCCACGUUGUUUUGAUCUAUUCGGUGGUUGACUUUGUGUAGUCAACUCAUGGACUCCGGUUGUUGUAGAGUUUGAAUUAGUCAUAUGGCAUCCCCACAAGAGAGGGUGAAGGAAGGAAGAAAGGAAGGAAUGUAUUGUGGUAUAUAUUUGUUGUAAGUUGAAAAUAAAUACGGUUACAUGUAUUUAGUAGUAAUAUAUACGUAUGGAGUACAAGUUUCAGGUUGAAGGUGGUUUUAGGACACGCCGAAAGUUUAUUUGAUACACUUUGGUAAAUUUGUGUAAAUAAAUAUGCGAGCGAAUUCGGUUGUCAUUUUGAAUUUGGAACAGUAUGUAAUGUUUUUCGUGGUCAUUGUAUGUAAAUAGAUUCCCUCAUUAAUGAUGAUGGC